AUGAGGAAUUUGGAAAAAAAACUUAAUCUUAAAACUAAUUACUCAAGCCAAAUAAUUCAAGAUGAACUUAUAAAUAUAUGUGCAGAUGUUGUGAAAGAAAUAAUUGUGAAAGAUAUCGAAGACGUUAAGGUGUUUGGAAUUAUGUGUGAUAAAGCAAGGUGUUAUAAACAAGAACAAAUGGCAUUAUGUGUAAAGUAUGUUAAAAAUCUAGAUGUUAUUGAGAAAUUUCUCGAUUUUAUAGAUUUUUCUAAGAAUCAAGAUGCUGAAACUGCUCAGUCAUAUGACGGUGCAAAUGUUAUGUCUGGGAAAUUUAACGGACUACAAAAUAAAAUAAAAAAUCAAUAUCCUCACGCUAUUUAUACCCACUGUAUGGCUCAUAAAAUGAACCUCAUUGUAAUUGAUAUGUGUAAAUAUGUAAAAAAUCCUGUAUCCCUGUACGUACAUUUUUCUCAUCCGCCAAAAAAUCAAAAAUUAACUGAGAUUCUAACUAAACUAGGAAUAAAACAUACGAAAAUUAUUAGACUUAGUGACGCUAGAUGGAAUUACCGUUAUCGAAAUAUAGAGUCUGUUAAAAACAGUUAUAAAGCAAUUAUUCAAGUUUUAGAAGAAUAA